GCCCUUCUUCAACAGGUCUAGUUUGAUCAUUCUUGUAAAUUACCCUUCGCCACAGAAGGAUCUAAAACCCUAGUGCGCGCCUGGACUGGGGACGCCACACUUGAAGCCAUGGCGUGCAAUUCCUCAAGCUGCCAGUCCGGUUGUUACAAGAACGAAUUUGAACAAGAGCAAAAAAACUCCAACUCCAACUCCAACUCCAAGCCAACAACCACCACAAGUGAUUCUAACAUAUGCUUAAAGUGCAAGUCCAAUGAAGCCCUGACCGGCAGCGACACAGGUGAAGAAGGAAGGUUCUGUAGGGAUUGCUUUAGGAGUAAUCUCUACGGAAAGUUCAGGCUUGCUGUUUCUUCACACGCUUUGAUCACCUCCGCUGAUAACGUUCUUGUCGCCUUCUCCGGUGGUCCUGCUUCCAGGGUGGCACUUCAGUUUGUACAUGAGAAGCAGCAGACGGCACAGAAGAAUUAUGAUGCUAGUAGAGAUAGAUCUUUACCGGUAUUUGGUGUUGGAGUUGCAUUCAUUGAUGAAAGUGCAUAUUGUCCGGUAUCAUCUUAUGAAGUUGACGAAGCCAUUCAAAAAAUUAGAUCAAUUGUAUCGCUUCUUGCCCCGCCAGCAAAAGAGUUACAUGUUGUUCCAAUAGAAAGUACCUUCUCUUCGGAUUCAUUUGAUGGAAGGGAGAGAUUUAAAAAGUUACUAGAUUCUGUUAGUGAUGCCACUGGGAAAGAAGAUCUUCUGAUGCAUCUAAGGAUGUUGACUUUGCAAAAGAUUGCUUCUGAAAAUGGAUACAAUAGAGUGGUACUGGGACUAUGUACAUCAAGGAUUGCUUGCCAUGUUAUUUCAGCCACUGUGAAGGUCUGUCUUUGGUACUAAUCUGUUGAUUCGAGGUGGGAGAUUCCAGUGGUGCUUCCACUUCGUGACUGUAUAGCACAAGAGCUCAACAGGCUUUGCCACCUUGAUGGUCUACAGAUUGUGGAGUUGCUUAAUGGUCCCUCCACUGGUAUCAAUGGCCUGGUAUCAUCAUUUGUGAAACUAUUGCAGGAAGAGAAUCCUUCUCGAGAGUGCACAAUUGUGCGGACAGCUGGAAAGCUAACUCCGUUUCACUUCAACAGGAUUCCAGAAUUAAAUGACUCUAAUGUUCCUUUAGCAUCACGAAGGCGUCAAAAGAGAUUCAAUCUCAAGUGUAAUGAAUCCAUUUCCUCAGAGUCAUUCUGUCCUUUAUGCUAUAGCCCACUCAACACAUCAGACUUAAAUAGUUUAAGCAGUUCUAAGAGUCGCCAGAGUUCAGAUGCUUUUGGUGCGGCCUGUUGUUCAAGUUGCCGGUUUCAGAUAUUUCCCAACGAUUCCUCAUCAAUGGAGCAUUUUUAUUCUCUUCUACCUGAGCCAUUGGUUGCCAGAGCAAAUCGUGGUAGCAAUGGCAAUUUCAGUUCUUUAAGGAAGCAAAUACAAGAUUGCUUGCUGUCAGAUAAUGAAGAUGAAACUUGAAUUGUUUUGCCUGUUCAUCAGGUACACUUACGGGUUUUGGGCACCAUUUUGUUUUUGUCCAAAUAAUACAAAUGGGAAAGGUGAAUUUGACUUGCAGCCAAUUUCCCACAAUAGUCAGUAAUCACAAAAGUAAUUGCUAUUACCAAACUUGCCUGAGGGAAUUCUACUAUUUUUGGAUCAAUAGUGUUGGUUACCAUAGUAAUCAAUAGAUAUAAUCACUUAUUUAUUUUUCAUUAUAGAGAUAGUCCUUGGUGAAUACUUACACGCUAUGCUGAAUCGUCUCGUUGCCUUUUGAUCAA